GGGCGGGCUUUAGAGGAGGAUCUGUUUCCGGAACAAACCACACACACACACACACAAACACACACGUGUGGGCAAAGCUUGCGUUCAACUGUGUCCGCACUUUUCUGAAUCUCAUCAGACUGAGGGCCUCCAUCUGUCUCGGGUCCGUUCAAAAGUCUCUGCAAGUGUUAGACGAGAAGAGUUACCCGGGUCCACAUCUGUGUGUUGCCACACCAGCUCCACAAACACUUGGCUCUGAUGGCUGAGCCUGACCAUGUGCACGUCGCUGUCGGAGGAAAGAGAGGCUGUCCAGAGGGCGAAGAGACAGACAUCGCGUCAAAGAAACCCAAAGUAGAGAAGGAUCACAAGAAUGGAGACCCUCCACUCAAAGAAGAAGAAGAAGAGGAGGAGGAGGAGGAAUGCCCCAGGGGCAAAGCAAUUGAUGGACAGGAGGAUGGUGAGACAUUUGCAGAUAUGAUGAAGCAUGGCCUCACUGAGUUGGAUGUGGGCAUCCUGAAGUAUGUCAGUGACCAUGAGGGCUUCUCAGGAAUCCUGAAGGAAAGAUAUUCUGAUUUCGUGGUGCAUGAAAUCAACAAACAAGGAAAGGUCGUGCAUUUAGAUGACCUCUCCGUCCCUGCAGAGGCUGAGGAAGUCCCAGAGCCUGAACUGAAACCAGAGGAGAUGGACGUGCUGACUGAAGAGCAGAAGAAGAAGCUUGGGGAGCUGCAGCUCUUCAAAAAUAAAGAGGACGAAGUCUCUAUUGAGGUGAUGGACGAUACUAAAGAAAAGCGGACGCUGGUCCACAAGGCCAUCAAGACUCAGUUUCCUGGUCUGGAGACAAAGACGGAAGAGAAGGAAGGGCACAAGUUCAUAGUGGCCUACCACGCGGCUGGGCAGAAAGCUCUAGCAGCUCCAAGGAAACACUUCUGGCCCAAAAACCGUGGCAGUUUCUGCCACUUUGUCCUCUACAAGGAGAACAAGGACACCAUGGAUGCUAUCAAUGUGCUUUCAAAGUUCCUCAGGCUUAGACCCAACAUCUUUUCCUACAUGGGGACCAAGGACAAGAGAGCCAUCACUGUGCAGGAGAUCGCAGUGCUCAAGAUCACAGCUGAGAGGUUGUCUCACCUCAACAAGUGCCUCAUGAACCUCAAGCUGGGAAACUUUUGCUACAAAAACCAUCCUCUUAAGCUGGGAGAGCUGCACGGCAACCACUUUACUAUUGUCAUCAGGAACAUCUCGGGGACAGAUGAGCAGGUCCUUCAGGCCAUGACAUCCAUCAGGCUGACGGGCUUCAUCAACUACUACGGCAUGCAGCGCUUUGGCACCACGGCUGUGCCUACACAACAAGUUGGCAGGGCUAUCUUGAAGAAUGACUGGAAUGAGGUGGUGGAUUUAAUUCUGAAGCCUCGUCCCGGAGCGGAGAAAGAAUUCCUGGUCCGCUGCAGGGAGGAGUGGGCCAAGACUCAGGACCCAGAGGCCGCUCUGAAAAAGCUGCCAAACAAGCGCUGUGUGGAAGGGCAGCUGCUGCGAGGCCUGUCCAUGUAUGGCAAAAAGAACAUCGUCACUGCUUUUGGAAUGAUCCCUCGUAACAACCGUCUGAUGUACAUUCACAGCUACCAGAGCGUGAUCUGGAACACCAUGGUGAGCCGGAGAAUCGAGGCCUUCGGCCUGAAGGCUGUGGAGGGGGACCUGGUGCUCAAAGGAACCACAGCACACUUGCUGUCUGCGGAGGAGGCCGAGAGUCGCUCCAUCCAUGACAUCGUGAUGCCACUUCCUGGGUAUGAUGUCAUCUACCCCUCGCAUCACGUGGGUAAAGGUUACAGGGAGCUGCUGACCGCCGACGGGCUGGACCUCGACAACAUGAGACACAAAGUGAAAGACUAUUCUCUGGCUGGAGCCUACAGACGCAUCCUCAUCAGACCCAGUGACGUCAGCUGGGAGGUGAUUCAGUAUGAUGACCCCAGGAUCUCCCUAGUGCAUAGUGAUUUUGAGAAACUAGAGAACAAACCCGCUCCUGUCUUCAAGAAAGAGGGUAAGUAUCGGGCUCUGCGGAUGGAGUUCUCCUUGCCUCCCUCAACCUACGCUACCAUGGCAAUCAGAGAGGUCCUCAAGUUGGACACUAGCAUCAAGAAACAGACGCAGCUCAACACCACUUGGUUCAACUGAGACCAAAACACACUCUAUCACAAACUGGACUGCUGCAAAGCAACGACUGCUGCGGCUAUUUACUGUUGUGAGUGUUUUAAUUGUGUAAUCUGUGUGUGUUAGAGAGGGAGAGAGAGAGAGAGAGAGAGAGAGAGAGAGAGAGGGUGGGUUCUGUAUGAAGCCAAAUGGUUAUUUCUUUGAAGUACAGAGAAACAAUUUAUUAUUAUUUUAAGCGUUUCUGUGCUGCAAUGAUUCAGCAUUUUUUUGACAAUGAUUUAAGUGGAAUUUGUGCUUACAGGGUGCUGUCUCGUACGACAAUCCCUGCUGCACAGGGUGCUCAGAAUGCCCUCUUUGUACAGAAAUGUGAGGUUUUUUUUAACUUUGAGCUGAAUUUGUGAAUUGAAAACUCUUAAAGAGAGAAAUAAAAAAAUGCUGAGUUUA